CGCUCGUCAUAUCCGCUGUGUCUCACUGCGGUGAUAAUCAUCGCUCAGAUGUAAAUGGAGAGAAACGAUAAAAGUCGCGCAGUGAUCGCAGCCCGGGCUCUCCGAUCCGCACACACAGCUCAGACCCUGCUCUCUGCUUUCCGGCCGGUCUUUCGGUAGCCUCUCACAACAUCCCCGGCUUCGCCACCUACCGUGUCAGCCAUUUUCGCGCGGAUGGCCGGGCAGGUUUGGAGGGCCUCUGGCCGGAGCCGCGGGCCUCAGCUGCGGACUCUGCUGGUGCUGUCGGCCGUCGGAGGACUGCUGUGCAUGGCCGCCGCUGCUGAGGCGAAGGAGUGCGACAGACAGUGCGUGAACGGGCGGUGCAACCCGGCCAACGGCAACUGCUUAUGUGAUCCUGGGUGGGUAGGGGACCAGUGCCAGCACUGCGGCGGCCGCUUCAGGUUAACUGGACCCUCCGGAUACCUGUCAGAUGGACCAGGAAACUACAAAUACAAAACCAAGUGCACCUGGCUUAUAGAGGGACAGGCUAACUCUAUUCUGAGGCUGCGCUUUGAGCAUUUUGCCACAGAGUGCAGCUGGGACCACCUGUAUGUGUACGACGGAGACUCUAUUUACUCUCCUCUGCUGGCUGCAUUCAGUGGACUGAUUGUUCCUGAACACUACAGCAAUGAGACGGUUCCAGAGGUCGUGUCUGAAUCCGGCUAUGCACUUCUGCACUUUUUCAGCGAUGCGGCCUACAACCUGACUGGCUUCAACAUCUCAUACAGGAUAAAUACAUGUCCUAAUAACUGCUCAGGCCACGGUGCAUGUCUGCUGGUUAACUCCAGUAACACAGUGCAGUGCGAGUGUGAAGAGGGCUGGAAAGGAGAGGCGUGUGACAUCCUGUACUGUGCCUUCAACUGUGGAUACCCUGUGCGGGGCCAGUGCCAAACCAGCACCAAACGGUGCCGCUGCAAGCCUGGAUGGCAAGGCCCUGAUUGUUCAGUGUCAGUACCUGCUAAUGUUUCUUUCUGGACACAUGAGGAGUACAGCGGGCACGGGCUGGCACGUGCAUCCCAUAAGGCUGUGUUGCUUGAAGAUGUCAUGUGGGUGAUCGGUGGACACGUGUUCAACUACUCAAACUACCAGAUGGUGUCAGCGUUCAACCUGUCCUCUCAGAGCUGGAUGUCUCUGAACCGUUCAGUCAACUAUGUCACGGCACGCUAUGGUCACACUCUGGCUGUGUAUGAGGACAAGAUUUAUAUGUAUGGAGGGAAGAUUGAUUCCACAGGGAACGUGACAUCAGAGCUGUUGGUAUUCCACACACAGAAUCAGUCGUGGGAGCUGUUAAGCCCCCAGGCUAAAGACCAGUACGCAGUGGUGGGUCACUCCGCGCACACUGUCCAUCUCAAACCUGACGGAUCAGAGCCUGUCAUGCUGGUCUUCUUUGGACACUGCCCUCUCUAUGGAUACAUUAGCCAAGUGCAGCAGUACAACAUUGUCAAGAACAGGUGGAGUGUUUUGGAGACGAGAGGGGCACUGGUUCAUGGGGGCUAUGGUCACAGCAGUGUGUAUGACCCCCUCACACGCUCUGUCUACAUCCAUGGAGGCUACAAGGCCUUCAAUGCCACAAAGUACGGCCUGGCUGGGGAUCUGUAUCGCUAUGAUGUGGACAGGAGCAUGUGGUCAAUCCUGAGAGACAGUGGCUCUUUCCGCUACCUCCACACAGCCGUGUUGGUGGGCGGCAGUUUACUGGUGUUUGGAGGGAACACCCACAAUGACACAUCAAUGAGUCACGGCGCCAAGUGCUUCUCAUCUGACUUCAUGGCCUAUAACCUGGCAUGUGAUGAAUGGACUGUGCUGCCCAGACCUAAUCUUUCCCGUGAUGUGAACCGCUUUGGCCAUUCUGCUGUCUACAACAAUGGGGUGAUGUAUGUAUAUGGAGGAUUUAACAGUCUGAUGCUGAGUGAUAUGUUGAGAUUCACGCCUAGCAGUUGUGACGCCUUCACUGAAAUGGCAGAGUGUGUGACUGCUGUGCCAGGAGUGCGCUGUGUGUGGAACUUCACCACCAAUACAUGUUUUCCCUGGGAGGCAGUGAAAUCUCCUGACCCAGACAUCCUGCUCAGCAUGUGCCCUCCCAGAGUCUAUGCAGACGGUGAUAAAUGUGACCAGUACACAGACUGCUAUAGCUGCACAGCUAACACCAAUGGCUGCCAGUGGUGCUCAGAGCGCUGCAUGUCCAUCCACAACAACUGCACUGCUUCCUCGGGGGCAGUAAUAGAGUAUGAGGCCUGUCCAAAGGAUAUCCACUCAUAUGUGUGCAACAAGAAGACCAGCUGUAAGAGCUGUGCUACUGACCAGAACUGUCAGUGGGACACCAGAAACCAGGAGUGCAUAGCUUUACCUGAGAAUAUAUGUGGUGAGAGUUGGCAGCUGGUGGGGAAUUCAUGUCUGAAGCUGAUAACAGCGAACGACUCCUAUGACAAUGCUAAACUGGCCUGUCGCAGUCACAACGCUGUGCUUGCCUCCCUCACCACUUUGAAGAAGGUGCAGUUUGUCCUGAAAGAGCUGCAGAGCAGAGCAGCACUGUCCAAAUCAGUGACUCCUUGGGUGGGUCUAAGGAAAGUGAAUGUGUCAUACUGGUGCUGGGAGGACAUGUCUCCCUUCACUAACACCACGCUGCAGUGGUUGCCGGGUGAACCCAGUGACGCCGGAUUUUGUGGAUACUUGGCUGAGCCCAGUGCUGGAGGUCUGAAGGCAGCAGCCUGCAUAAACUCUUUCAAUGGCAGCCUUUGUGAACGAUCAGCCAACCACAGCGUGAAGCAAUGUCGUACUCCUUGUGCUCUGCGUUCCUCCUGUAGCGAGUGCACGAGUGUGGGCUCAGAGUGCAUGUGGUGCAGCAACAUGAGGCAGUGUGUUGAUUCUAAUGCCUAUGUGGCCUCCUUCCCUUACGGCCAGUGCAUGGAGUGGUAUACCAUGAACACCUGCCCGCCGGAGAACUGCUCUGGCUACAGGACAUGCUCUCAGUGUUUGGAUCAGCCAGGCUGUGGGUGGUGUACUGACCCCAGCAAUACGGGACGGGGCCAGUGUAUGGAAGGCUCAUACCGUGGGCCAAUUCAAACGCUCUUACAUGCUCCAUCAUCCUCAAAACCCUCCUUCAUACCCCCUCCUCAGCCGAUGCUGAAUGUAAGCUUGUGUCCUCAGGAGACCAAGUACAACUGGUCCUUCAUCCAUUGUCCAGCAUGCCAGUGUAACGGCCACAGCGCGUGUGUGAAUGAGAGCGUAUGUGAGAGAUGUGAGGAUCUCACCACUGGCAGACACUGUGAGAGCUGCAUAUCCGGUUACUAUGGUGACCCCACUAAUGGAGGGAGCUGUCAGCCUUGUAAGUGUAACGGCCACGCCAGCUUGUGUAAUUCAAACAACGGCAAGUGUUUCUGCACCACCAAGGGUAUCAAAGGAGACCGCUGCAAUCUGUGUGAAGUGGAGAAUCGUUACCAGGGCAACCCUCUAAGAGGAACCUGUUAUUACACGCUGCUGAUAGACUACCAGUUCACCUUCAGCCUAUCUCAGGAGGAUGACCGUUACUAUACCGCUAUUAACUUUGUGGCCACACCGGAUGAGCAAAAUCGAGAUUUGGAUAUGAUCAUUAAUGCCUCCAAGAACUUCAAUCUCAACAUCACCUGGGCAACCAGCUUUGCAGCUGGUACUCAGUCUGGAGAGGAGAUCCCCAUCGUCUCUUCUAGCAACAUUAAGGAGUUCAAGGACAGUUUCUCCAACGAGAAGUUUGAUUUCCGUAGCAACGUCAACAUCACCUUCUUUGUUUAUGUCAGCAACUUCACAUGGCCGAUUAAAAUUCAAAUUGCUUUCUCUCAGCACAGUAACUUCAUGGAUCUGGUACAGUUCUUUGUCACAUUUUUCAGUUGUUUCCUGUCUCUGCUGCUGGUGGCGGCGGUCGUGUGGAAGAUCAAGCAGAGCUGUUGGGCGUCACGGCGGCGAGAACAACUCCUGCGAGAGAUGCAGCAGAUGGCCAGUCGGCCGUUCGCCACCAUCAACGUUGCCUUGGAGACGGACGAGGAGCCACCUGACCUGAUUGGUGGAAACGUGAAGUCUGUGCCAAAGCCCAUAGCGUUGGAACCAUGUUUCGGAAAUAAGGCAGCAGUGCUGUCCAUCUUCAUCAGAUUACCCAGAGGCCCCGAUGGCAUUCCAACUCCAGGACAGUCAGGUCUGGCAGUAGCGAGUGCGCUGGUGGACGUGUCUCAGCAGAUGUGUGUGGGCUAUAAGGAGAAAUCAGGAGGGCUGCGCAACCGCAAGCAGCAACCGUUGGCACAGCCUGCUACGUGCAUCUGACCUUUACCCCAACCCCUCAGCCCCAGCCCCUUGAGCUUUGACCUCCGUCAGGACUGAGCCACGGACACAUGCAAUAUACAUGACGGGGGUCGCACAGUCACUAAUGGAGCCAGGGGUGUGAUCUAGCGAGAACUCUGAUUUGGAGAAACUGAGAGAAACUCUCCCGGCCAAUGGAAUGUACUCAAAUAGAGAAGAGGAAAGGAAGAGAGGGAGAGGUGGACAGAAGGAGACAGCCCUCUCUUGCCUCUGACUGAUUGACAGACUUCUCUCCUGCAUCCGCUAUAUGAUAUUUAACUUAUUACUGUUGUUUUAGUCCCUUUGUACACUCAGGAGGAGGUACCCCUGCACUGCUGCAACAUGGUCUCUGUGGCAACACACAGCUGGACCGCCCAUAGCUAUUGCAAAUGUACCUACCCAUGUAUACUCACCCAAAUUACACACAUGCUGACACACACACUAACCUACACAAGAAUGGGCGGUCAUACAGUACGUGCAUCUGUGUCCCUUAAAUCAUGGCUCUAAUUGUAGACGGAUCUCUGUAGCAUCAGCUUGGCCAUUUUUAGAGGUUUGUAAAUGUGUUUCAUGUGUGAGAAUGAAACAUCUAUGGCAGGGAAUGCCAGUCUUAUCGUCAAAGCGCCUGUGUGGCUGCAGGUUUUUUUAUUCCAAUCAAGCAGGAACACACCUCAUAACAGCUACGUUCCAAAAGUUAGGCUGCCGUCCAAGUGGGCUGCAUUUCUAGACUGCUGUGUUGCCCUAGGCUGUUUCAUUCAGAAGCAUCCUUAUAGUACAGCCGAGAAAUGCAGCCCAUGUUCUGACCAUUUUUGAGGAUGCUAGCGGAGUAUCCUUCACAAUCUACUGUCACCAUAAUCUUUUGUGCAUGCAUCCAACCAUUGAAAGUUAAAGAUAUUGUAUAAAAAGAAAGUAACACAUUGCUGCUGUCUGAACAAAACCUAAUAUCUCCAUUUUUGUCAUUUUUCAGUUUUUGACAUAGUUUGAAUAUGCCUGUUGGCUUUUGCAUGUUGUAUAAAUUUCAUGAUAAAUGGACCCAAACAAAUCAAAAUCACUUGGGGGGGGUCUGGUUCCUUUGACUUGUAUUAAAAGUAAAGUGUGUGUGUUUUGGAGAUACAAGGUUUUGUUCUGGAUGGUGCCUGCAUUUGGUUAGUCUAACAGUUUUUAGCUUGCAGGGCAGCAUUCACUUACAGACCAAUUGUUUUGCCUUUUCAUAUAGCCUAUUAAAUUAUUCACAUCAUUCACACAAAUUAUUCACAUCAGCUUGCCAGAUCAUUCACAUCAACAGUAUUUCCUCCAUUACGUUUUGUGUACCAACUCUUUUCUGAUGACAUGACAAAGUGUCUUGCAUUACAUAAAACAAAUGAGCAGGCUUUGUAAAGCAGUCCUCAAGGGCCCACCUUUCUCAGCUGCAGUCCUGAGUUUGGAACACUGCUAAUUUGUCAAUUGUUAAAAGACUGAGACCAGCUUAGAAUUGAUUGGAAUGAGAAUCUGCUGUCAUACCAGCCUUUUGUGUUCAAGUGAGCCCGGUUGUAAGGCAGGUGACCCUAGUUGGUGACCCCAGUUCUAUGGCAAGGAUGCUUAAGUUGAGUUCUGGUGAUCUACCACCAUGGAGAGUAGGUUUUCAACUAAAGAUCUUGAAUCCAGGCUCCACCAGUGAUCACAAAAAUCAGAAUGCAAAGGCUCUAACAUUCACAAGCUUCUCGAGGCCUUAAUUAACUGGAUCAGUUGUGCUAAAUAAGGGUUGGAACCAGUCUCUUCAGAACUGUAGACCACCAGGACUGGACUUUGGCACCUAGUUUAGUGGGUCAGUUUCACAGCAAGGCUGCCAUCAUUCAUGCAACUGAUCUUUUUUCGGUUUUGCACAGAAGUCCCUGUUUAUGUCCUCUCUCACAUAGAUAAGCACCUUGUUUACUGCUUAAGUUUCCAUCAGGAGUAUUUUAGCAAAGUUUUUAGGCUUGUAGAAGUUUAUUUUCCUCUCUCGCUCUCUCUGUGAACACAGAUGCACACACUCUUUGUAUCUCCUCUGAGAUCUGAGGCCAUUUCUCAGACUCAUUUUAGCUCCUGUCUCAAACAGAAACAGUGAACUGCGAGCACAGAGGCAAAGGCCUCUGAUGAAUGCGAGCAGCGGUUUUUAUGGGUUUUUCAAAAUGUCAGAUGCCAUUUUAGACCGUGUUGUUUUUCUGCACUCAUUCACUCGGUGGUCGGCCCUACUCAAUUAAAUUUAUAGUGUGUGUGCCCAUGCAUCUGACUGAAUGCGCAAGUAUUAGAUAUUAUGAUUAUCAUGACUAAAGAGCAGGUUUUAGAAUGGGAGCUAAAGGUCAGAUGGGAAAUGAACAAAUGUGACAUUCUGAAAUCUCUGCCAGGUAGAAAUCAAGAAGUCCUCUUAGAUAAUACCUAUAAAUUCAUGCAUGUGUGUGCAUGUAUCCAGUACUGUGCAAAAGUUUUAGGCACCUGAGAAAAUUAGAAUUAAAAAGUUGGUUAUUCAGCAGGCAUUUAUUUGUUCAGAAAAACAUAUAUACUAAUAUUACAAUAAAUACAAAUAAUGUUAGUACAAUAAGUAAUGGCUUUACUAUGUGAAUGUGUUUGUUUUAACCAUUUCCAAACCUCUCCUCAAAUCAAAUUGUACUUAUCAUCCAGCUAUCUGAUUUGACUAUAAAUACUUCAGUACGCUAAAUCAGGUGUGCUGGCAAUGGAAUUGAAUAAAUGCAUGUAAUAGCUUGGAGUACUGAGGAGCCAUCUGGAUACAAUAUAUCAACUUCUUCCUUUUUUUUGGGAGGGGGCAGGGGUACUUUCUCUAACCUUCUCACUGUAAACAUGCUUACUGCUGAGCUAAGUUGUCUCAAAUUAGCCUUGGUGCCUUGCACAGUACUGCAUACAUAUAAACACAAACACACACAGUUCUGUGCAACAUUCAGACAAACAGUCCAAACAGCCAUUAAAUAGGAGUUAUUCAUUUCAAAUUAUACGUUUAUUGAUAUAUUUCACAGAAAAUUACACAGAAGCUUCAACAAUGUAAUGUUAAUCUUUUUUCAGCAUAUCCAACUGUUCCCUUCAUCACAGGAGAAGGGCUUUCAGUUUUUUAAAGAACUCUGCAGGGAUAUUUUUCCACAAUUUCACAAGUUCAGUCUUGGAUGAUGGUUGCAUUAAAUGAUUCUCACAAUCCAAAUAAUCCCAAACACAUUCAGUGAUGUUGAUGUCUGGACUCUGGGGUGGCAACUGUAAGAACAACAGCAACUUCUUUGUUUGAAUUCUUUUUUUUUUUGU